GCUCGCGCAAAACAACCUUAUUGGGUUGGCAACCAUGAUGUGGUUGUAAUGUUAUAUAACUUAAGGAUAAUUGGAUAAUUAGUAUUAGCAUUUAUCAUUAGUAUUAGCAGUUAUCAAUUUUUAUAGUUGUUGAUCUAAAAGAGCAAAAGACGUUCAAGAAUUUAUCAUGAGACGGCUUCAACUGAAUAAUGGUCUCUUUAUUCCAACUAUUGGACUAGGAACCUACAAAUCACAUUCCAAUGAAGUGAAAGAGGCAGUUAAGUAUGCCAUAGAUAUUGGUUAUCGUCACAUUGAUACAGCAUGGUACUACAAAAACGAAAAAGAAGUUGGUGAUGCUAUAUGUGAUAAACUAAAAGAAGGAGUUGUUAAGAGAGAAGAGUUAUUCAUUGUUACCAAGCUCUGGAAUAAUUUCCAUGAGACAAAAAAUGUAGUACCUAAAUUGAGGGAAUCUCUAGAAUCACUCAAGUUGGAUUAUGUUGAUUUGUUUCUGAUUCAUUGGCCUUUUGCUUUCAAAGUAAGUAUUUAUUCCUGAUUCUUAUAUAUUUGA